AGGAGAGAGCCAGAAAAACCUACAGUGUUUUGGUACUUUCCACAACAUACUUUAAGGACCAGAAAAUCAUAUCCAUUGGGGGAGCUGCUGCUCGUCUUCACUAAAAAAACAUACUAACCCAAGUUUAGUGAAUUAUGUGAACUCCUGCACUGUCAUGUUUGACCCAUUUCCAAGGGUUUCCUUUGAAAGAAAACUGAUUGCUGGUUGUCUAUCUCAUGCUCAUUAGCAUAUCUGAAACAAGUUUUCAUACAGGUACCACAUAAGAAAUUCUUGAUGAAUAUCCUUCUUUACUUCAAAGCUGUUGGUUUCUUUCUUAUGGCACUGAUUGGAAUUCCAGGCAAUGUGUAUAUUUUGUUCAAGUUUGCCAUUAUCAAAGUUACAGAAAAGAAGCUCUUGCCAACAAACACAAUCCUGAUGGUUCUGGCAUUCAUGAAUCUGCUUAUUGUUUUUUCCCGCAUUAUCCUCCAAUUUCUCAAUGCCAUUGGAAUAGAAAAUUUCAUGGAUGACUCAAAGUGCAAAUUCUUUAUCUACACCUAUAGAGUGGGCAGAGCAAUGUCCAUUUGCAGCACCAGUUUGCUCAGCUGUUAUCAGUGUAUCAUCAUUGCUCCACAAACAAGACUCUGGGCAUAUCUGAAGCAAAAGGCGACACAGAAUGUAUUGCUAAUAACUACAGCCAUUCUUCUAGUCAACCUCAUAUAUCGCACUAGCCUUAUGUAUGCUAUAGUGAAAAAGAAUUCUACAACUUCACCAUAUACACUGCAUUUAGUUUACUGUGACAUGGACUUUCUGACAUACGAGGCAUACAUAAUUAAUGGGGCAAUUUCUGCCUGUAUGGAUUUCCUGUUUGUUUUGCUUAUGACUGCUGCAAGUAUUUAUAUUGUUUAUGUUUUGCUUUGCCACGAAAAAUCUAUAAAAGGCAAAAGGAGCACAGACCGAGCUCCUGGAAAAUCAGUUGAAUACAAAGCUUCUAGAGCUGUUAUUAUGUUAGUUUUGCUCUAUGUACUUUUGUUUGGAUUUGACAACUUCAUGUGGAUGUAUACACUGACGCUCUCCAAUGUGACCCCUGAUAUGAAUGAUGCCAGGAUUGUGCUGGCCUGCUCCUACUCUGCAUUAAGUCCUAUAGUAAUAAUUGCCACCAACCCCAAAUUGCAGCAGCUGUUAACAUUUUUAAAGAGGUGGAAGUUUUUCUUCUGUAAUAGCAAGGCUAAAUAAACUGUAUUGGCAUAUAACAGUUCUUUGGAUUGAGGCAGUACAUCUGAAUGCAAAUACUGUAUUGUUGAUUAUAAAUACUAGACUGAAAAAAAUUACCCAUGGCCUUAUGUAAAUUUUAUGCAUUUGCAGACACGUU